AUGUGUAUCCAAGUCAUGGAGUCUUCAUCAAAUGGACGUACAAAAUGCAUUCCUUCAUGCUUCCCGAAGGCUGGUUACAGGCAAUCCAAGGCUGAUUAUUCAUUAUUUACACGUGUGGUUGGUAAUUCUUUCACUGCUGUGCUCAUUUAUGUUGACGAUAUUGUGCUCACUGGAAAUGAUCCCAAAGCCAUUGAAUUAUUAAAGGCAUUUCUUCGUAAGGAAUUUCGCAUAAAGGAUCUUGGCAAUCUUAAAUAUUUCUUGGGCAUUGAAGUCUCACGGUCUAAGAAAGGAAUUUUCGUUUCUCAACGAAAAUAUGCAUUAGAUAUUCUACUUGAUGCAGGUCUUACAGGAGCACGUCCAUGUCAUUUUCCUAUGGAACAAAAUUUAAAGCUUACACCUACAAAUGGGGAAAUUCUUAAAGAUCCCACACGUUAUCGGAGAUUGAUUGGGAAACUCAUUUAUCUCACUGUGACAAGACCAGAUAUUGUGUAUUUUGUUUGGAUUCUUAGCCAAUUCAUGAAUCAGCCAAGGAAACCUCAUAUGGAAGCUGCCAUGAGAGUAUUGCAUUUUAUUAAGGGAAAUCCGGGUAGAGGCAUUUUCUUUCCAUCAGAAAAUGAUUUGGCUUUAAAAGCUUAUUGUGACUCAGAUUGGGCAAGUUGUCCAACAACAAGAAAGUCAACAACUGGAUAUUUUGUUUUCCUUGGUAAUUCAUUGAUUUCAUGGAAAUCUAAGAAGCAAAGUAAUGUGGCGUGUUCAUCAGCAGAAGCUAAGUACCGUGCUAUGGCUAUGACUUGUCGAGAAUUAACUUGGUUGAGGUACAUUUUACAAGAUUUUCAGAUUAUUCAAGAUAAACCUGCUUCUUUGUAUUGUGACAACCAAGCUGCAUUACAUAUUGCCGCCAACCCGGUUUUUCAUGAAAGAACAAAAUAUAUAGAGAUUGAUUGUCAUGUAGUUCGAGAGAAGCUACAAGCCGGAUUGAUUUCUACUAGAUAUGUUCCUUCUUCUCUACAAAUCGCAGACAUUUUCACAAAGGCAUUGGGAAGAUAUAGUUUUGAAUCUUUAGUUUCCAAGUUGGGACUUCAUGACAUUCACUCUCCAACUUGA